AACUUGUUCCUGUUCGUUCAUGUUCAUCCUAAAUCUUGGCAAGCCCAACCCGUUUGGUUUGUAGGUCGACUUGAAGGAUGACUGCCGCAGCGUUUCUUCAGGCUACCACUGUUGCCGUUGUACCCUCUUUUCUCGUUAUUUUUGGUCUCCUUCUCAGACGAAACCUCAGGCGAAGACACUUCUCAGUAAUUCCCGGUCCCGCGUUGGCGUCGUUUUUCACAGGAAAUAUCUUGCAGUUCUACGGGCCAGACGCGGCGAAAUUCCAUCAAGAAAUCGUUCAGAAAUAUGGUUCAGUCGUAAGGCUUGGUGGGCUAUUAGGCGAAUCACAGCUAUUUAUUUCUGAUGAACAGGGUGUCAGGGAUAUUCUCGUAAAGGAGGAUGAUAUCUAUGAAGAGACGUCAGUUUUCCUUAUCAUUAACAGACUUAUUCACGGACCGAGCCUUUUAUCCACUAUAGGUGGUAUUCAUUCCCGACAACGCCGGUUGAUGAACCCCGUCUUCUCAACCGGGAAUUUGAGACACUUGACACCCGUGUUCCAUAAAGUGACAGGCGAACUCUUAAGCUCGCUACUUCUGGCUGUUGAACAUGGCCCUCGAGAAAUCGAUAUACACGAUCGGCUCGGUCGUUUAUCUUUGCAAGCUAUUGGAGAAGCGGGUUUCGGCUAUAAUUUCAAUGCGUUAAGCAACGACUCUAGCCCGUAUGCAAAGGCAGUCAAAGAAUUUUUCCCGUUGUUUACGAAGAUGCAAAUCUAUCUGCCUUUACUCCCAUGGCUGGCCGACAUUGGUCCCCCGUGGCUCAGAAGAUUUGUUGCCGAGAAGCUUCCACUGCCAGAUUUACAUGAUCUUUUGGAAAUGACCGAUAUCAUGAGUAGUACCUCGAAACGCAUUCUCGAUACCAGACUCGCCAUUCUAGAUGAGAAGAAAAUACGGGACAGUGAAGGGGCCAAAGAUAUUUUCACUAUCUUGCUGAAAGCGAACAUUAAUACCCAAAGUAAAGACCAUCUGUCAGACGAGGAACUCAUGGCGCAGAUCAAUAUGUUGGUGUUUGCUGCCAUGGACACCACUUCAACCGCUCUGUCCCGCAUUCUCUAUCUCUUAUCGACUCAUACCGAUGCUCAAGAAACACUUCGCAAAGAGCUGGUCGAAGCUCGUGGUGAAUCUGAUCCGGGUUACGAGGAUAUCAUGGCAUUGCCGUUCCUCGAUGCCAUUUGCAAGGAGACGAUGAGGCUGUACCCGCCUGUAACUAUCCUGACAAGAACAACCCGAGAGGAUACUGUGCUUCGUCUCGGAAAAAUGAUUCGACUUGCUGACGGUAAUUCGACUGACCAGAUUCAGAUCCCUCGAGGAACCGACGUUCAUGUCAACCUCGAGAGAGUGAAUACGAAUCCUGACCUUUGGGGUGAGGAUGGCCAUGAAUGGAAACCCGAACGCUGGUUAUCGCCUCUUCCGACAAGCGUUACCGGUGCUCGAAUCGGAGGCGUUUAUUCUCACUUGCUCACUUUCUCUGGCGGCCGGCGGGCCUGCAUUGGUUUCAAACUCGCUGAACUCGAGAUGAAAGUCGUACUGUUCCAUCUUAUUCCUGUUCUUCGCUUCUCACCGGGAAGCAGAGAAAUCCUCUGGAGAUACGGCCCCCUCACUACACCGUCGGUCGCGUUUGAUGCGAAAGCGCAACUUCCAAGUGUUGUCGAAAAGAUAUAAUUAUAUCAAAUAAUCGUUUACCACGUACAACCUGCCUUGUUCCACUUGAUAUUUGCACGCCGAGGAUACGAAAAAAUCCGUUCGAUAGUUAAUUAUUACUACAUAGAUCGGACACUGAUCAUUUAGCUUUUCAAUUCAACCAAAUCCCAGCUGAUGUACUUACUUGGAUAAAACACUCUCAGUUCUGGUUCUGAUUUGUUUUGACUUCUGUUUGACUUCCUUCCGAACAGAUUUCUGCAUCUUUCGAUCGUCUUCCGCAUCCACCUACCCUCGCGAGCAAACGGCUACCUCUUCGCGUAAUAGAACAAGCCGGUGGAAUUGGGGCCGGCGUGGCGGCCCACGCCGGCCAAGUGAGGAUUAUCGCUCUGGGAUAACGCGCAGUUCUCGACCUUUCUGAAAACGACCAUAGCGAGGGAUGAAAGGAUGAGGUUAGCAUUGGUUUAGCGAUGACCGACAUGGCCUGCGAGAUUUGCUGAGUGACUAUUUGUCAUUUUUGCUCGUGUUGAUAAUCUAACCUCGACCCUCUCUUUUUCUGCAAGGUGGGUUAAGAGAGGCGCGCCUAGGUUGCGAGUCGAGGAGGACAGCAAACACGGGAUUCCGGUGGCUAAAUACCCCAAAGCAGGAAACGACAGAUCCUGGAUAAUAAAUUCCCAGAAGAAAUGAUCGACGAUCAAGCGUCUGCAUCGGUUGAUAGCGUGUUUGGCGAGGAAGGAGAUACAUUGGAUGGUGUCGAAUCUGGAGGGGUGUUCGGAAGGCACUGAAAAAGAGGGUGAAGAUAUGUCGAUCGUCAAUGGAGAGAAGUUGCCAGACUGGAUUUAGGAGAAGUUUGUGUAGAAGAGGGGAUUGAAGAUCCGCGAGAAAGGAUCCGUUUAUCUGAUAAAAGCCCAGAGUUGAGGGAAUUUGGUGACGAUACGAUACCGGUGGGUGCAAACGCGUAGCGGAGAAUAAGGAAAGGCGUCGACCGCUGUGUAGCUUAAAAGAUGUUUUAUCAAUCGAGGGAGUGUGACAUGUGUGAGUGUGACGAAACGGUGAGCCAGUCGGGCGGGAAAGUCUUUCCGGAUCCGUCUGCACGAGUUUCUCUGACUCUGUCCAUUUCCUCCUGAACGCAGCAAACCUUCGAUAUCAAUCAAUCUUUUUCCGCAAGCGGGUUCUGAGAGUACCAGUUGUCAGUUGAUACAAGCUAUAGAGGUCGACGACAGUGCAGAAUCAUGGGGUCACAUUUGAGCGAAACAUAGUGUCACAAUGACAGGCACCGGGUGCAACUGCCAGAGGAUACCUAUUUCCACACGU